UUUAGAUGAGUGCUUCGGGCUGUAGCUUCUCCGUUUGUUAUUCCUGAAAAUGGAUUUUCGAUUUAAUUUUUUUCCCGACGAAGAUGAAACCAAAGAGCCCAGCGCUCACGAUGAGACAGAACCAAAGCAUGAGCACCAAGAUAAGAGACUGCCAGAGGAAAAGGUCUGCAUCAAAGCUGCCAAGGAGCACUACAUCCCUGCAGAUGUCAGCAAGGUACUGGAAAAUAAAGUCCUGGAAAAAGUAUCAGGGCUGUACUAUGUCAAUAUGUCUGUAGUGGAAUUGACGUGCCAGGAUGGCACCCAUGGGGAAGAUAUUGUGUCAAAAAGCAUUUCUUCUCACUCUGAUCUCAUCCCAGGAGUCUAUGAAGGAGGACUGAAAAUCUGGGAGUGCACCUACGAUCUGAUGGAUUUCCUUUCUGAGGCCGAAAUCCAGUUUGCCAACAAGACAGUGCUGGAUCUCGGGUGCGGGGCUGGGCUGCUGGGAAUAGUCGCUUUAAAAGGAAAUGCUGAAAAAGUCCAUUUUCAGGACUACAACAGCACAGUGAUUGAGGAAAUAACCAUGCCUAAUGUGGUGGCCAACUGUAUAAAUGAUGGCAGCGAGGCUGACAGCGAAGAUGACAGAACAGAUCUUAAGCCUCCUUCAAAGAGGCACAAGAAAUCAGUGAGCUUACCUGACAAGCUCAGCCAGUGCAGGUUUUUCUCUGGGGGGUGGUCUGAAGUCAGCCAGCUCCUGUUGAGCAGCAGCAAGCCCUGUUCAAAAUACGAUCUAAUUCUCACCUCUGAGACCAUCUAUAACCCUGACUAUUAUGGUGCUUUGCAUGAUACGCUGGCUCAGCUGUUGGCUAAAGAUGGCCGUGUGUAUUUGGCAAGCAAAGUGCAUUAUUUUGGGGUCGGUGGGGGUACCUACCUCUUCGAACAAUUCAUCGAGGAGAGGAAGGUGUUCAGGAGCAGCAUAGUGAAAGAAGUUGAGGAAGGACUAAAGCGCUUUAUUUUGGAAAUAACCUUUAAAGAUUCCACUUAAAAUGAAAUUCCACUUGGUGCUUCAGAAAUACCUGAAUAAAGACAAAAUGUUUUAAUCCCCA